UGUUUAAAGCAGAAGUUUUAAAGCAGUGAUGCCUGUUCAUGCUCAUCUUCUAAAAAUGAAAUUACUGUAUGUUAUGAAGCUUUUAGGAGCGCUGUAGGAGCAGUUGUUAUUGUUAUUCUGGCCUCAUGACUUGGAAACUGAGGCCACGGUGAGUACAUGCCCUAAAUAGACACAUGCUAUGUCAUAGGUGGAGCUCUAUGAUGAGAGAUAUAACUGUAUUAUUACAUUUCUGUAGUCCAACCAAAUGACCCUGAGGCUGACACUUUCAUUUAUACUAUAGCUAAUCCGUAAGUCCAAUUCUGUGUUUAUUUUUAUAUACAUUGUAGCCAGAAAAAGAUGAGGACUAAUGAACUAAUAGGAUUACGAGCAAAAUGAGCAUUUUAUAACGUGGGCUGUGUAAGCCAAAGAGAGGGAGGAGAGUUUGCACUAUAAAGGCAGAUAAGGCGAUCUAGGAAACACACUAGCACCAACAACACCAGCUACAGAACGGUGCUCACGUGAAACAAUCAAGAACAAAGCAAAGGACGCCCUCAGGAACUUGGACACAGAAAGCUUCAACUGACCUUCCAUAACCAUGACAAAGGUUUACAAGAAGACUAGUGGCAAUGGUUCGCUUUGCCUAUAUUUGGGGAGAAGAGACUAUGUGGACCAUGUGGAAAGUGUUGAUUCAAUUGAUGGGGUACUCAAGAUUGAUCCAUCAGAUCUUAAUGGAAGGAAAGUGUGGGUACAGCUUGCGUGUGCCUUCCGUUAUGGAAGAGAGGAUCUGGAUGUGAUUGGAGUUUCCUUCAGGAAAGACAUCUGGAUGAAGCGCAUUCAGAUGUAUCCCUUUGAGGGAACCAAGCCCCCAAAUACACCAAUGCAGGAAGCGCUUUUGAAGAAAGCUGGAGAUCAAGGACAUCCUUUCACUUUUGAUAUUCCAGUACGUCUUCCAUGCUCAGUGUCCCUUCAGCCAGCACCAGAAGAUGCUGGAAAGCCUUGCGGGGUUGACUAUGAAGUCAAAGCCUAUAUUGCACAUGAAGCAGGCGACAUAGAUGAGAAAGUUGACAAGAAGGACACUUGCCGUUUGAUCAUCCGCAAAAUCCAAUAUGCACCAAAUGAGCUAGCAGCCGGACCCAAAACCGAUAUCAACAAACAGUUUAUCACGGCAGACAAACCAAUUCACAUGGAAGCCUCCAUGGAGAAGGAGCUCUACUAUCACGGCGAUCCUAUUCCUAUCAAAGUCAAAGUGAACAAUGAGACCGGUAAAGUAGUGAAGAAAAUCAAAAUCAGUAUUGACCAAAUUACAGAUGUAUUGCUUUACUCAGCGGACAAAUACCACAAAUGUGUCCUGAAUGAAGAAUUUGGGGACCAAAUUAAUGCAAACUCCACCUUUGAGAAGGAAUAUAGAGUCACUCCUCUGCUGGCCAAUAACAAAGAGAAACGUGGUCUUGCACUGGAUGGCAAACUGAAAGAUGAAGAUACCAACUUGGCUUCUUCAACACUUCUGCAGCCCGACAUGGAUAAGCAAAUACAAGGAAUCAUUGUCUCCUACAAAAUUAAGGUUACCCUGGUAAUGGGAGGUGGUCUCUUGGGAAGCCUCACAUUAAGUGAUAUUACAGCUGAACUCCCCCUGGUUCUAAUGUCACCCAAACCAGCAGGUGAGAUUUCUGUUCUUCAUUACCUAAAAAGAGGAGCCUAUGUGUGUGGGGGGUAUAUACAGCCCAGUUAUAGGCUAGUUCUGUAUAUGUGACCAUAACAAAUAGUAAACAUUAUACCUUGUUUAUAUAGUGACAAUGCUAUAAAACAUACUAAAGAGCACAUUUUCUUGUCUUCUAACUGCAUCCUUGUGCAUUCUCAAUCUGAGCAGAAGUGUAAGUAUCAACGUAAACUUGUUUCUAAUGUUGAGACAGAAUGUUGAACUUCUAUGUGCUUUUUGUUUUAAAUCUUAGACUAACAAAAAUGGUCUUCAAUGACAAUAUACAUAUGUAUAAAGCCAUUGUUAAAGUAAUGUCUUUUUUAAUCCAGGACUGAUAUCAACCUCGAAUAGAUUCUACAGCCCGUGACGGUGAGGAACUAGUCAGGAGGAGAGACACUCAGGAAUAGAUGCAGAUACCAAACAACUUCAUUUCAUGAGCCAUAGACCAUAAUUGUUUCAAAUACCUGUGUAAAAGGAAUUCACUGUAUAAUUUUGAACAUGGGCUAAAGGCCUUGUAUACUAAGAUAAACUCAAUGACAAUGAAAUCAAGCAUUGGUCUGAUGCUUUUAAAUUGUCAUGUUUAUUUCUUCUGCCUUUAUCAUGGGAACUCAGUGUAAUAGUGUUUUAGUUUCUUUUUGUAAGUGAUUAGUGUUGUAAAGUAUCAGGGAGUAACAUUUACUUUAAUUAUAUUAUUAUAAUUGUAUAUUUUAUUUUUGUUGUUGUUUGUUUUGUUUUUCUGGCUGUGGUGAUGAUGGAAAUUAAUAAACAUUGGACUGUUA